AUGGAACUUGUCAAAGCGCCGGGCGAGUCAAGGUUAUACUUACCAUGCACCAGGAAAUGGUUCAAGCAAGCUACAGUAAUCGGGAAUAUUAACAACGAAAAGACCACAGUGCUAUUGGACUCAGGAGCUGAGAUCUCGAUUGUGGACACCGCCUUUGCUCGUAAGGUAGGAUGUGUCGUUGACGAGAAUCAGAAACAAGAGUGUGUGGGGAUAGGUGGAAACACGUACAUGACCGAAGGACGUACCAAGAUCAAGAUCACCCUGGAUGGAUUGCUGGUAUACUAUUAUGACGUGUGA